AUGAAGGACUUGUUUAUCAUAUAUAGCAUGUUUGUAUGCACCAUGCUGUGUGGUCUAUGGGACACAGCCCAGGGUCGGCGGCUUCACUUGGGCAGCUGUAAUGUGAACAUUCACACGCAUGAACUCAGGCACCACUUCCAGCACAUCCGUCAAAGCAUGAUUUCAGGAGAUGAUCACAAGGCAAUCCGAUUACUUAGAAAAGACGUGAUGAACAGUAUACAGGCUACAGAAAGCUGCUGUUUCCUCAGGCAGCUCCUUCACUUCUACAUGGAUAAGGUCUUUAUCAACUACAGCAGCAGUCAUUCCCUACAUCGCAGAACCACCAGCGUACUGGCCAACUCCUUCCUCAGUAUCACCAAGGACCUGCGAGUGUGUCAUGCUAAUGCACACUGUGAGUGCACUGAAGACGCCAAACAAAAACUUGCAGGAAUUCAAACCAUGUAUGACAAGCUUGAUCAGGCAGCAGGAGCAGUGAAGGCUAUUGGAGAGCUGGAUUCACUACUUGAAUGGAUAGAAAGUUUCCAACACCACUGA